GUUGUUUACAGUUUCAUAAUUUUUAUAUUCAGUUAAAAUGCAGUGCUAUAUGAGCAAAAAGAUUGCUUUGCCUAAAAGCAUAAGUAUGAAAUCUAUUGCCUGGAACAAAACUGAAGGUUAUAUAGCCUGUGGAGGAGAUGGUGGUGUCCUCAAAGUUUUGAAAUUAGAGUCUAGGAAAGAAAUGGUAGCAAGUGUUGUCAGCUCAUCCAGCCUUUCAACAAAUCAAAGUUUAGAAGGUCAUGCUGGAACUGUUUCUUUUGUGCAGUGGAAUGAGGCAUAUCAAAAACUAACAUCUUGCGAUACAAAUGGAUUUAUCAUGGUGUGGAUGGAGCAUAAAGGUAUUUGGUAUGAAGAAAUGGUUAACAACAGGCAAAAAUCUCUUGUGAGAGGAAUGGCCUGGAAUCACGAUGGGCAGAAAAUUGCCAUAACCUAUGAUGAUGGAGUUAUUAUCGUUGGCUCUGUUGAUGGCAAUCGCAUAUGGGGUAAAGAACUGAAAGCACUGAAUCUGACUUGUGUUGAGUGGUCACCUGAUGGAAGAUUGCUGCUUCUGGGAUGCAGCAAUGGGGAAGUUCAUAUGUAUGAAUUUGGUGGAGCAUUUGUGGGAAAAGUCCCUAUGACCCCAGCAGCUGAAAACAAAAGAAAAGAUGAUUUGAUAAUGAUUAGUUGGUUUAAAAAACAAAAAGAUCCUGACAUUCCUUCUCUUGCUGUGGUAUUUGAAAGUGGUUUGAUACAGCUAAUGAAAAAUGAAAAUGAUAAUAAUGCAGUAGGACUUGAGACGGGACUGCUAAUCACAUCAUUUGAAUGGAACUUUAAUGGGAGUAUUAUGGCUAUUGCUGGAAGAAAAGAAAAAACUACCUACCCAGAUGAAAAGUCUAAUGAAGUCAAGUUUUUCAACCCUUUUGGUCAGCUGCUUCAUAUACUUCGAUUUGCUGGAAACAUUUGUGGAUUAUCUUGGGAAGGUGAUGGUCAAAGAAUUGCUCUUGCUGUUGACUGUUAUAUAUUUUUUGCUACCAUACGCCCCUAUUAUAAGUGGUGUUAUUUCUCAAAUACACUGGCAUAUGCAUUUAGUAAGUCCCAAGAUAGGAAGGAAAGUACUAUUAUGUUCUGGAAUUCUAACACAAAAGAGAAACAUAUAAAAUUGAUUAAGAAUUUCAUAUCUAUGUGUGCAUUUGGAGAUUUUUGCUGCAUAGCUACAAAGAGUGAUGAAAGUUCUAAAGAAUUUUCAUUGAUUGUCUGCAAUGGAAUUGGUUCUCCUAUUGAUUCCUGUAAUAUAAAUCUUGAGCCAUCAAAUCUUUGCAUGAAUUUGUUUGAUGUUUUUGCUGCUUCUCAAACUAGCUUUUGCAAAUUUCAUUUUCAUUCACCCAAAAGCAAAACACUGAUGCAGUUUACCAGUGAAAAACCAGGCUUAUCGGAUGAAAGAUGCACUGUUUUCGAGUUUCCAGAUAUCUCUCAAUGCAACAGUGAAACUGUUAAACCUAUUUGCUGUUUAACGUGCAGUGAUGCUCUUUUGGUUAUUAGUGAUACAAUUGGAAGAUUUUAUUUAUAUAAUUUGCCACACGUGAAUCUCUACUACAUUAUUCAAAACAGCAACCCAAGUAUUCCCUCAAAGAUUUCUCUAAAUACUGUGUCUAAAUACAAUUCAUCAGAUAUGCGCAACCACCAAAAUGCUAAACCAUUUAAUGAUUUGUAUUCUGAAGCCUCUCUGGUUGACCAUCAUAUGAAGUCUGAAAUCAUCACCUCAAAGGGAUUUGAUACUGAUGAUGUGGAAGAUAAUUUUAAUUCUAAUAUAUCACAUAACGAUGUGAUGGGAAACAGCAUAAAAAAGCUAUCAGAGUUUUCUCGUAAACCCGAAAAAAUAGGUUUCAACCUGGAAGAAACAGUAGAAACAGACAAUUUUUCAUUGACAAAAAGAAAAAUGAAUGGUAAAAAAAAAGUUUAUAACAUUACUCCUGUUUUAUCAAAGCCUAUAGAGUUUGAUAGAAGAUGUGCUUGGGAUGUGAAGUGGGCAUCAGAUGACAGUCAGAUGUGUGCAAUAAUGGAUAAAAUGAGGAUGUAUAUUUAUCGUGGUAUAGAACCUGAGGAACCUAUGAAUUGUUUAGGAUACAUGUGUGAGUUCAAGGAUUUGGAAGUCAAAGCCAUCUUAUUAUCAGACUUAAUGCAAAAUCCUGAUGAACCUGAAGAUAGUUAUUUGUUUAAGAAUGAUGUCAAAUCUCUUAGAGAUACUAGAAAUUUAAUAAGUAAUGUUGGAUUAAAAGAUGCCGCUCAAUUUAUUGAAGAAAACCCACAUCCUCGUUUAUGGAGAUUGCUUGCUGAGGGUGCUUUAAUGAAAAUGGAUUUUGCCACUGCUGAAAGUGCAUUUGUCCGGUGUAAAGAUUACCAAGGCAUCCAAUUUGUAAAAGGAGUUUUGGAAAUAAAUAAUGAGACAGUUAAACGAGCAGAAGUUCAAGCCUAUUUUAAAAACUAUGAAGAUGUGGAUAAAAUAUAUUUGGAUACAGACAGAAUAGUAUUGGCCAUAGACCUUCAUCGCCUGCUUGGUGAUUGGUUUCGUGUAUUUGAACUGUUAAAAGGAGAUAUGCUUGAAGUUGAAGAAAUGGAGGAAGCAUGGAAUGGUAUUGCAGACUAUUAUUUUGACAGGCAAUUAUGGGCAGAAGCUGUAAACUAUUAUGAAAAAGCUCACAAUGAAGAACGCAUAGCUGAAUGUUGUUAUAUACUCGAAGAUUAUGCUGCAUUAGAAAAGCUAUUAAAUGAGUUGCCUGAGAAUCAUAAACUGUUACCUGAACUUGGUUCAAUGUUUGCAUCAAUUGGUAUGUGUGAACAAGCUGUUAUGGCUUUUAUUAAGUGCAAUGAAGUUAAUGGUGCUAUUGAAUGUUGUACUACUCUUAAUCAGUGGAAAAUGGCUAUUAGUUUAGCUCAAAAGUAUGACAUUAAAGAUGUUGAUGCACUUUUAUCACAAUAUGCUGUAUAUUUAAAGCAAGAGAAAUCAAUAUUUACAGUAGUAGAGUUAUACAAAAAAGCUUGUAAAUUCUUACCAGCUGCUCUUAUGUUGUACAAAUUUGUUAAGGAUUUACCCCAAAAGUAUGCUGAACCAUUACUUCUGAGAAAAAUUUAUGUUUUAAUUGCUAUCCUUGUGGAAGAAUAUAAAAGCAACAGAAAACUAGCCAAUUUUGACAGAAGUGAUAUGACAGAUCUGGGUAUUUCUCUUGAAGAGGAAGUUUCAUUACAAAAUAUAGCUCCAAGGCUAAUAGAUGAUCCCUGGCGAGGAGCUAAAGCAUAUCAUUUUUAUAUGCUUGCUCAAAAGCAUUUGUACCAAGGUUACAUUGAUGCUGCAAUGAAGACAGCUUUGCAUCUUAGAGACUAUGAAGACAUUUUAAACAUUGAAGACAUCUAUUCUCUUUUAGCACUUACAAGUUGUGCAAAUAGAUCUUUUGCUACUUGUUCAUCUGCAUUUAUGCGUCUUGAAGCAUUGGAGAACUUAUCCAGUGAUGAACGGAACAAAUACGGGCAGUUAGCCGCUGAAAUUUUCAUAAAGCACCCUCCAAAAGAUAGUCGAAGUAAUGUUGUUCAUUGCAGAGGCUGUGCAGAUGCUAUUCCUGAUUGGUAUACUCAGUGUCCUAAUUGCUUUAUGACUUUUCCUAUAUGUGUUGCAUCUGGUCGACCUAUUGUGAAUCCCAGUCUGCAGUGGACUUGUUUGCAAUGCCAUCAUUCUGCUUUCAAACAAGAGAUGCUAAUGAGAUCAUGUUGUGCCUUGUGUCACUGCGUUCUUUCAAUUCCUGUUUAAUGUUAAUUUUAAAUACAGUAGAGAACCAAUUAUUCGGGAUG